AUGAGCGUGAGCAUGAGCAACGAGAGCAGCCCGCAAAAGGCGCUCGACGAGCUCUUUAGGAAGCCGACUUCGUUUGGGUCCAUGUUGGACGACGAGGGGGAGGGGGAGGAGGAACCCUUUGAUCUCGAUCGGAUGAUCGAGAUGGAGCGGGAGGAACAGGAGCCGCCCGAGGACUUUGCCGACGAGGACGAAGAUGUAAGGGACGAGGAACCACCCGAAGAUGAGGAGGACGGGCGAGGUCCGCAUGUUGGAGCCAUGGAAGAGGAGGCAGAAGACGAAGAGGAAGGCGGAUUACUCGAAAGUAACGGGUUCUUGGAUCCAUCAUCGGUCAAGACGAGAGCAAACGACACGACGAAAAGUACACCCGCAACAUCCAGUAGGACGGUGGCGAGACAUUCGGUUGUGAUGCGGGGAGAGGCAAGCACAAGUGCGGCGCGUUUAGCGAGGACAGAGGUGGUGCAGGUCGAGGACAAGGAGGACGAGGACGAGGAGCUGGAGCGCGACAGGGGACCUGUGGGGAUGAAUGGGAUCCCAAAGUACCUCCCUGUAGGAUUGGCUACCGCGACGCUGCUCGACGGCAGCGUGGUUCGCUUCGAAAAGAGGAGGAGGAUGAAGGCCUACAAACCGAAACCGGUUCAUUAUGGAGCAGGGCAGACUGGACUUCUCAGCAGGCCAGUCCAUCACAUCGUCGACAGCAUCCUUGCCAAGAACGCUGCGGCAGUCGUCGAUCAAGACGAAGAACUUGCAAGCAGCAAGGCAAAAGGGAAGGCCAAGAAACCGACAACAAGAAUGGAGAUGUGGCAAGAGCGAUACCGGCCAAAGAGAUUCACCGAGCUUGUGGGCGAAGAGCGCACGCACCGAGAAGUCAUGGCCUGGCUCAAAGAUUGGGAUGCAUGCGUCUUUGGGCGCAAAAAUCGACUGAUGAACAAACGAAAGAAGAUGAUGGCCGCUGCUCAGCCGCAGUUCGGGACAGGAACGGACAGAUUUGCGCCGGUGCCGGACAAAUGGGGACGGCCCAAGGAGAGGGUGUUGCUCUUGGGUGGACCCGCAGGCAUGGGCAAGACGACACUAGCGCACGUCGUCGCAAACGCUUGCGGCUAUCUCGUCCACGAACUCAACGCCAGCGAUGACCGAUCCACCUCGACCGUCGAAGACAGGGUGAGGGAGGCACUCGAAACAAAGAGCCUGAUGGGAGGGAGCGCGAUGGAGAAGCCUACCUGCCUGGUCCUUGACGAGAUUGAUGGAGCGACAGGCGGACGAGGAGACGAAGGCGGUGGAUUCAUCAAGGCCCUCGUCAAGCUCGUAGAAAGGGGCGCGGGCAGCAGCAAUGGCGCCAGGUCCAAGUCCAAGAAGCAAAAGCAUCGCCCGUUGCUAAGGCCCAUCAUUUGCAUCUGCAACGACCCAUACGCUCCCAGCCUACGGGCGCUGCGGCCACACAGCAAGCUCAUCAGGGUCAAUCGACCAGCAUCCAAUCACCUCGUAGCCCGGCUCAAGGCAAUCUGUACAAACGAGACCAUCGAGACCGACACUCGAUCCUUGUCGCUGCUUGUACAGCUGUGUCAAGGCGAUAUUCGAUCCUGUCUCAAUGCGCUCCAGCUUGUCAAGGCCAACUCAGCGGGUCCUACUGCCCGUCUUCUGGCCAGCGACCUGCGCACUUCCUCCAACGAAGAAGGCGAUGCGUCCAAUCCCGUGGCGGCCGCUCUUGGUGUCAAGGACGGCUCCACAUCAAUUCACAUGGUCUGGUCUCAGCUCUUUCGGGCGCCUUCUCCUAAGGAGCGAGCCCGGCAGUCGGGUCCUGGCAGGCUUGACGAGGCAGGGCAGACGUCGAAGCUGGUUCAGACGAUCAUGGGUAGCGGAGACAUGGACAAGGUUCUCGCCGGAUGCUUCGAACAUUAUCCCAACCUCUCGCCUCCCGACGAAGGCUGGUGGCGCUUCUCAAAGGCUCACGAAUGGAUCCACUGGUUUGAGACGCUCAACAACAGGGGAUGGGAGUUGUCGGGGGGAACGUCGGAGCUGUGGCAAUACUUGCCGUGGAGCUUCGUGAUCUGGAAGAGGCUCUUUGCCAACACGAGUAAUGCUCUGCCAGAGUAUCCGCGGGUCGACUAUCAGAAUUAUCUCAAGCGAUCGGCAUUCGAUGAAGUGACGCGGGACUUGCUUGGAUGCUUGCCGGCAGUGACAAGGACCCAAUUUGGGGAGCUGGCAAUCGUCACAGAGCUGGGACCGACACUGAUGAGAAUGUUGUCACCCGAUCUGAAGAUGAUCAACUCGCAGUUGGUUCGGCAUGAAGAACGCUCGACGCUCCAGCAGCUCGUCGAGCUCAUGCACAACCUCCAGCUUGACUUUGUCAUGGACAAGACGGAGGAGGGGCAAACCAUCUACCGCCUCGAGCCCUCAUUAGAAGCGUUUGUGCAGUACGAAGGGAAAAAGUCGGACAGCGUCGGCCCUGCCAGAUUCAACGUGAGACAGCUGGUCAGGGCGGAGCUGGAGAAGCUCAGGAUCAAGAAGAAGAGAGAAGCAGUCGAGGAGGCGCAGGCGGCCAUCGAUGGACCCAGGAAGAAGCCGACUACGGUUGUCGAUGACAAGGAGAAGGAGAACGUCAACCCAAAGAAGAUCGAAGAAAAGGCUGCCGUUGACUUCUUUGGACGGGUCAUUGUCAAGAAGGCCAAGGCAGACAGGCCCAAAGGUCCAGAACUGCCACAGUCGAUCCUCGAUGCGAGGAAGAACAGAACUUCUGCUCAAGGCCAGGAAGUGGGUCCAGAUGCCGAAGAGGAGGAAGAGGAGGAGAAAGAGAGGAAGGUCAAGAAGCUCAAAGUCUUUUAUCACUACAACGAAGGCUACUCCAACGCUGUUCGAAAGCCCGUCAAGAUGUCUUCGCUUUUGGCCUAG